CUGGGGGUUUUCACUUGGUGCAGUUCAAUUCUGCCAAAAAGAGCAGACUGAUACUGGGACACCAAGAGAAUCGUUGAAUAUUUUAAUAAUGUCUGUUAAAAUUGUUUAAUAAAUAUACCAGUUGGACACUGACUAUAAAAAAAUCCAAGGAAUAGUGUUCUGCGAAUUAGUGCGUGUAAUAAAAUAUUAACAAUUAAAAUAAAAAACCAAGACCAAGACAAAGAAAAAAAUAAUGUCUAGUACGUUAGAAAAUAAAAUAUUAAAUUUGCAAGAGCGGUUAAGAGCUGAAACGGAGUCUCGGGAUCGGGACAGACGAGUUAAUGAUGUGCCACCAAGUUCAGGGCUCCAGGGUUCCUCUUCAGCACCGACGUCUUCACCAGCCGCCCGAAGACCACGGCAACUUGGAGAUAUGGGAACACCGACCCGACCGAGGAAACAAUUAGAUUUACCAAUACAGAUGGUACAGCCGAAGACCUGUGACAGCGAAGUCGAGUCAAAACUCCAGGAAAUAAUGAAAAUGAAUGGGAUACUUACGAUAAACGGGCAGAAGUAUCAGACGGAUAUGAAGGAUCUUGAGCACUUGGGAGAGCUGGGGAAUGGAACUUGUGGACAUGUCGUUAAAAUGAAGCACAAACCCAGCGGUGUGGUUAUUGCCGUAAAGCAAAUGCGACGCUCGGGUAACUCUGAAGAAAACAAACGUAUCAUUAUGGAUCUUGACGUGGUCCUCAAGUCCCACGAUUGUCCUUACAUUGUACAGUGCUUAGGUUGUUUUAUUACCGAGUCGGAUGUGUGGAUUUGUAUGGAACUGAUGGCCACUUGUCUAGAUAAAUUAUUAAAAAAAUUACGGCAACCGAUACCCGAAGAUUUUUUAGGCAAAGUUACUGUUGCAACUGUUAAAGCACUGUCGUACCUGAAAGAUUCACAUGGAGUUAUUCAUAGAGACGUUAAGCCUAGUAAUAUUUUGCUGGAUGAAUCGGGCGGUGUUAAACUGUGUGAUUUUGGUAUUUCUGGGCGUUUAGUUGACAGCAAAGCCAAGACCAGAAGUGCAGGAUGCGCGGCCUAUAUGGCGCCAGAGAGAAUAGACCCUCCGGAUCCCACCAAACCAGACUAUGAUAUUAGAGCGGACGUUUGGAGUUUGGGUAUAACUUUGGUGGAAUUAGCUACUGGAGUUUUCCCUUAUCGAGAUUGCAAGACUGAUUUUGAAGUUUUGAGCAGGGUGGUACAAGAAGAUCCACCAGCUCUUCCUCUAGCCAUACCAUUUUCAAAGGAAUUUCGUUCUUUUGUCACGUGCUGUUUAACGAAAAAUUACAAACAACGGCCUAAAUAUAAUAAACUGAUGGAACAUUUGUUUAUUAAAAAAUACGACGUUCAAACAGACAGCGCUAAUCCCUCGUUGCCUGGGUCUGGAAGUCAGUGGCUCGGUAGAGUUAUGAAACAACUCGAACCUAGAUUACCGGAAAAUGAUAACCAGCAACGAGUAACAGGACACAUUUCUCUAAAGCAAACUUCAAAUUUACGUAACAAUCAAACGGAGAGCCAGAAUUACCUAAAAAACAACACGACAGCAGCAACAGUUACCAAAGAGCCUCAAAAUACAAACAGUACAUUUUCGUCGUUUUAUCAGAGACUAACGAGCGCAGAGAAUGGAUUAUCGACGUAUGUACCGUACAGCCCGUAUGCAUGGAGACGCAAAGAAAUAACGAGGCCUUUCUCGCCACCAACGAAUAAAACAAAUGAGCAAGAUCCAGUACAUGUAUCAAAUACAUUGUCAACGACCACUGGAGUGACUACGGCGACAAGAUCUUACUCGCCUUACCGUCAGUAUAUCGAGCAAAAUCGUAGAUCGACAAAUGGCUCCAGUGUCUGUAAAAUAGAUAUCAAUUCGCUGGAUAAGUCCUAUCAUAAUAGUAGAUUGGAUGAACGUGACGGGAGUGCAGAUCGAUGGCAAACUGUUUCACGGUCUCUCAGUCCUUUUACCCGCGACUAUUCACCAUGGAGACGAGAGAAUGUUGAUCCCCCGGGUGUCAUUCAGCCUAUUACUGAAUCCGCUAAGUAUUCACCCUUCGUACAGCAAAGGCUGGGACAAUAUUCCUCUCCUACACAAACUCCACCGGCUUCUCUACAAACUCAUUCGCCUUAUGAAAUUUAUGGAAGUCCGAUGAUAAGUCGUAAAAGUAAUUAUUGUAGAUACCCUUCAGAACCACCUGCGUCUGGUUCCCACGGACCAUCGAGUCCUCAAUUAUUGAUUUCACGUUUCGCUCAUCAGUUAAAUCAAGACCCUUUACCUAAGACAGCUCCCAUCGAGGUGGUAAAUCCCAAAGAAUCAGCCAAGAAAAGAUUCGCUUCUUAUGUUAGAUUGAGGCUCGGUGGUGAUCGAGCACCUUCACCGGAACCACCUCCGCGAUUUAGCCGCGGGGAAUCCCCUCUCGCUCUAAGAAGAAAUUUAAUCGAUCAACCUUCGCCGUCAUUUUCUCGAAGGUACAUAUCACCAUCACCACCCCAACCACCACCUCGAAGACUUUCUGAAAGUAAUUCAGUACCUGGUAGUCCUCAGCACGUACGUGCGCGACUUCAUUACACACCAGAACCACAGAGAAGGCCUCCGCUUCCAUAACCCACCGUCAUAAUUGCCUCGUAAUAAUUAAAAAUCCACAUUAGUGCCAUACGAUUGUCUUAUCGAAGACUAUUCUGAUAAUUCGCUUAAUUGAUUAUUGGAUUAUUGAAUAAUUAUUCUUAAAUAGUCGAAUUUUCAAGUUUAAUAAUGUUUCUGUGCGGUACAAAAUUUAAUAUAACACGCGAUCUUUAGCUCGUCACAUUAUCUAAUAAUAAUUAAUAAUUAACAUUAAAUUUAUUAAAGUAUUAUGUGCAAAACGUCUGUAAGACUAGAAAAUUUUUACACGUGUUUGUAAUUAAAGUGACGUUAAUUCAUUGAUGAAUUUUAAUUGCAUCGUAGUCUUGAGUCACGAAAUUUAUAUUUGUUCGUGUAUAUUAAUUGAUUUAUAAUUCUAUAUAUAUGUAUAUGAAAAAGAGAGAAAUUAUAUAUUAAAAUUUUUCAAUGCCUCUUGUAUCGCCUAUUUGUAUUUAAAUCAGUAACAAUCUGCU